AUGCCUCGAACCCGGCAACAAAAAGCCGCCGAGGCGCUGGAACAAGAAUACAACCUAAAUGCAGCAACAAGGAACGUUAUCCAGCCCAAGGUAGAGCAAGUCCAACCUGUACAACCAGUCAUGCCCGUCGCCACGGCAGACCCUGCAUUCGGGAUCGAUGUGAGGACCAAAUUCCCUGUUGCACGCAUCAAGCGUAUCAUGCAAGCAGACGAAGAUGUCGGCAAAGUUGCCCAAGCCACACCCACGGCAGUUUCCAAAGCGCUGGAGCUGUUCAUGAUCACUCUUGUCUCCAAGGGCGCGGCCGAAGCCAGAGCAAAUAAUUCGAAACGAGUUACAGCACAGCAUCUCAAGGCCGCGCUGAUGAAAGACGGGCAGUUCGACUUUUUGAACGAGAUCUGUCAGGCCAUCCCCGAUGAAGGCUCGAAGAAAGGCAGGGCCAAGUCGGAGGCUAAGAGUGAAGACAGCGAAGAAGAUAUCAAACCCAAAGGCAAGGGGAAGGGAGGCAAGAAGCGGAAAGUGGAGACUGAUGAUGAAAGUGACUGA